CAAACGCAGUCAGGCAGCAGCAGACGCUCAGUACUGCUCUCAGUGUGCGGAGCGGAGGAGGAGGAUCGACGGCACAGUAGUUAUGCCUCAGCUCCGGGAAUAUAUAUUUCCCCUCUCUCUGUCAAGCGCGCUGCUUUUUUCCUCUUCUUUUCUCCACUAGAGUUCACUUUUACCGGUCUUCUUUAUUUUGGGGAAGGCGAUAAGGAAAGGCAGCCGCGCGUCAUGGUGCGUCUCUGCGCAUUAUUUCCUGAAUCUGUAUAGAAAAAAAGUGAUUAAUUUUGCCUGGACUAAAAUGAAGCGCUUUUUCUGUGUGAAGGAGAAGAGAAGCAGCGUUUCCCAGCCCGUGUCUCUCUCUGAGAAUUUGGCUGCAGCUGCUGGUGAUCUGCGUGAAGCCAAUGAAUAAAUCGGCGCUCUCUAUGAGGAAAAAACGGUUGCAGUAAGCGGCUUUUUCUCCCUUUCGUUUCUCCUCUGUCUCUCAAAAUGUGCCAAGUCCAUCCACCACACAGGAUCCCGUUGAUUUGCGACGGUUUAGCUGUUUUUGGUUUUCAGGAUUGAUUUUUUUGGGGGGGCAAGGAUUUUGAAAAAUAAAAAUUGGAUUCAAAGUGAAGGCUCACGCUGCAAAGUUAAAUGCUGGAUUCCAGCGACCGUUUUGGGCUGUAAAAAUGCUGAGCGGCGUCCUCUUGCUGAGCGUCCUCACGGUCACCAGUCUGUCUCCGUCCGAAACGGAGAGCCGCAAAACUUCAGCCUCCAAAGAGAUCUGCAAGAGCCGCUGCACCUGCGACGAGCGGGAGAACAUCCUGAACAUCAACUGCGAGAGUAAAGGAUUUACCACCGUCAGUCAGUUCCAGGCGCCCCCAAAUAAAAUCUCCCAGUUUUUUCUAAACGGAAACUUCCUGUCACGGCUCAGCGCCAAUGAGUUCGUCAAUUAUGGCAAUGUCACCUCACUGCAUCUGGGGAAUAACGGCUUGCAGGAGAUCCGAACCGGCGCGUUUAACGGGCUGCGCUUCCUGAAGCGGCUCCACUUGAACAACAACAACCUGGAAGUGAUUAAAGAGGACACAUUUGCGGGACUGGAGAGUUUGGAGUAUUUACAGGCGGACUACAAUUACAUCAGCGCCAUAGAGCUGGGCGCUUUCAGUAAGCUGAAUAAGCUCAAAGUGUUGAUCCUGAAUGACAACCUUCUGUUGUCUUUGCCUCCCAACAUAUUCCGCUUUGUGCUCCUCACCCAUUUGGAUUUACGCGGCAACCGGCUCAAGAUGCUGCCGUUUGCCGGGGUUUUGGAGCACAUAGGCGGCAUCAUGGAGAUCCAGCUGGAGGAGAACCCGUGGAACUGCACCUGUGAUCUGAUUCCCCUCAAAUCCUGGCUGGACACCAUUUCCGUCUUUGUUGGGGACAUAGUGUGCGAGACGCCGUUCAGGCUGCACGGUAAAGACAUCACUCAGCUCAUAAAGCAGGACCUGUGCCCGCGCAGGAAUGCUGGCGAGCGUGCCCACCCCCCCUCUGAAUCUCACUUUCAAGGGGCCUUGCUUCCGACCUACCACCCGGGCGUGAUCACCCCCACCCGUCCCCCAAAAGCUUCCCGUCCGCCCAAAAUGCGCUACAGGCCCACCCCUCGCAUCACAAAGGACAAACAUGUCUUUGGGCCUAUAAUGGUUUACCAGACGCGCUCCCCUGUACCCAUGUUGUGUCCCAGUGUGUGCGUGUGCACAUCACAAAACCCUGACAGUGGAUUGAACAUCAAUUGCCAAGAGCGGAAGUUGCAUAACAUCAGCGAGCUGAACCCCAAGCCCACGUACCCAAAGAAACUCCACCUGACCGGUAACUACUUACAAGUGAUUUACAGAACGGAUCUGACCGAGUACAGCUCGCUGGAGCUGCUCCACUUGGGAAACAACAGGAUAGCAGUGAUUCAGGAAGCUGCAUUUGAGAAUCUAACAAACCUCAGGCGGCUCUAUCUGAAUGGGAAUUACAUUGAAUCCCUUUCUCAAUCCCUCUUCGCUGGCCUGCAGUCGCUCCAGUAUCUGUAUUUGGAAUAUAACAUUAUCAAAGAAAUUUUUCCACAAACUUUUAACUCUUUGCACAACCUUCAGCUGCUUUUCCUGAACAACAACCUGCUAAGAUCGCUGCCUGACAAUGUUUUCGGCGGCACUAUGCUGACACGACUCAACCUGAGGAAUAACCAUUUCUCCUACCUUGCAGUGCGAGGGGUGCUAGACCAGCUGUCAGCGUUUAUCCAGAUCGACCUUCAGGAGAACCCUUGGGACUGCACGUGUGACAUUGUGGCGCUCAAAAACUGGAUGGAGCUGUCCAGUACCAGCGUUGUGGUUAACGAAAUCACUUGCGAUUCGCCGUCCAAACACGCAGGUCGCCUGCUGCGUUCGCUUCGCAAUGAGGCCAUCUGCCCUGAGCCCAGCGAGGCUCCCCCGCCACAACAUGCACCCCCUACAAAAGCCCCAACGUUAAUAAGCCCUGGCACUGAGGCCACCACCCCUUCCUCGUCUUUGUCUUUUAGCUCAGUCAGCCCCACCGAAUCCCGAAUCCACACUCCUGAGUUACACCCCGAGGUCCCACUCUCAGUCCUGAUUCUCGGGCUUCUUGUUGUUUUUAUCCUUUCAGUCUGCUUCGGCGCAGGGCUCUUUGUUUUUGUCCUGAAGCGGCGCAAAGGAGUGGAGCAUGUCCCCACAGGCGCCAACAACUUGGAUCUCAACUCUUUUCAGGUGCAAUAUGGCUCCUACACUCCUGAACCCACCCAAGACAAAACCUCUGAGAGCCACGUUUAUAACUACAUCCCCCCACCUGUGGGCUCCAUGUGCCAAAACCCCAUUUACAUGCAGAAGGACGGCGAACAGGUGGCAUAUUACCGCAACCUGAAGGAGCUCAGCUUUGGGCCCCUUGACGCGAAGAAGGACGUCCUCAGCCCAAGGGCCUUCACAAUCAGCAAAAUGGAUUUUACAGAUAAAUCGCCAACAUCAUGUGGUUUGGCCACUCCGGAUCCUCCCGAGAUGUUGUAUCAAAACUUAGGGGAGAGGCCCCACAAGGAGCUUCCCACAGCUGCAGGCGCCCCUCCUUUCCAUUACAACUUUUGCACUUUACCUAAGAGACCCUGCAUCGUGCCUCCCUACGAGGCUGCGACAGCCCGGCGGCAUAUCACCAACCAGGACAGGUUGAACAAAACUGUCUUGUACGGGACCCCCAGGAAAUACUACGGGGCUGAACACCUUUCCAAAAACAAUGAGCACCCCCUUCUGCUCCCUGGGAAGCUAAAAACAGAACCAGACUACUUGGAAGUUCUGGAGAAACAGACUGCGAUGAGCCAACUGUAAGAUAGCAACAGCAAUGCCCCCACCCCCACCUUCACCCCCUCCAGGUUCUGUGCAGCAUUCAUAAUAAUCACGCAGUUACUGAAGUAAUAGCCCUCUCUCUCUAUUUAUCUAUCUUAUCUAUCCGUGUUCAUUCCUGCAGCAUUGACUGGAAGCGAACCGAAUUUUUGAUGAUCUUUUGUCUCUCUUCCGUUUCUUCUCUUUCUUUCUUGUCAAGAUGUAAAAAAGAAGUAUAAGACGUAUAUUAUUAUGCAGUUCUAUAUUUUUUCUCCUGGAAGGCAUAAAUUAUUUCUUCUUUUUUUAGUAGUGAAAUUCCAGAAGACUUUGAUGAUGGCAGGUAUAACAUGGGCAGGACUGUGCACAAAUACGGCUUUGUGCUUUUCAUAAAACUGUAUUUUAUUCUCCCUGCUAAAAUUAGAAAAUGUCUGAAAUAAUUAUUCUUUGUGGAGGCGAGGUAAUGCUACAGAAUGACAUUCCUGUACAUACUUUUAGCAUACACAGAUAAAUGGUGAGUGUUAAACCAUAAAAGAGAACCUUUUCAAAAUCCAACAAGCAGCAAAAUCUUACUGUACUUACUCCAGAAAGUGCCUUCGCACUCAACUAUUUUAUCAACAAUGCUCUGCAAAAUGUUCCUUCUUUUUUUUUUAAGUGCUGUAUUUUAAAGAAUCAAAUCUUUAUGUAAAAUAGAAAGACUUCUUUGUCUGUUUAAAAAAGAAAAAAAAGAAGAAAAAAAUGAACUUGAGACUGAGUGUGAAAUGAUAUGUGAGUUCUUGACGGGGAGAUUUGUGUUAUUUUGCUUUGAAUAUGAAGUGUGUUUGGAGAUGUACAACUUAUAGAGGAUAUUGUAUGCUAUAGGGGAGCAAUACAGCGCGGCGAAAUUGCGCCAUUAAACUUUCACUGAAGCACUUUG